AUGAGGACAGCUGUCCUCCUCAGCCUUCUGUUCCACAUUGCAGCUGCUUUUCACCAACUACAUUACCUGGUGGUGAUCCCUGCAGAUCUCCGCUACCCAUCCACCCAAGUUGUCUGCCUCCAUAUCACCUGUUUUGGAAAAAAACUUCAAGUGAAUCUGGUCCUAGAGCGCUCGGCAGGACGCGAGCUCUUAUUGCAAGAAACCAUCCAGAAGGAGAAGACUUUCACGUGCACUAAGUUCUGGGUUGCACCUCCAGUUAAUGGCACAGAGGAGAUUGCCAGUGUCAAACUGAUCAUCACAGGUGAAGGGGUCAGUAUCGAGGAGAAGAAGAAGGUCCUGAUCCGUAAGGCAAGCAGUGGCACCUUCAUCCAAACAGACAAGCCCUUCUAUCAACCAGGGCAGACAGUGAAAUUUCGCGUUGUGACUCUGGAUGAGGACUUUGUUGCACUCAACAAUUCGAUUUCCCUGUUUCUCCAGGACCCUAAGAACAACCGGAUAGAGCAGUGGCUGAAUGUAGUCCCCAAAGACGGCAUUGCAGAUCUGUCCUUCCAGCUAAGUGAUGAGCCUCUGCUGGGGACAUAUGUCAUCAACGUAACCAAUGCACAAGCGUAUGGCAGCUUCUCCGUUGAGGAGUAUGUGCUACCAAAAUUUGAAGUGAUCUUGGAGGCGCCAAAUCAGAUUUACAUGCUAGAUAAAACCUUCCCGCUCCGGGUAUGUGGCAGGUAUCCCUAUGGGAAAGGCGUCCAGGGGAUGGUUCAUGUUAGCCUUUGUCAGAAGAUAGCCCCGUUCCUGCCCAAUUCUUUUAAACCCCAUCUCUGUCAGGAGUUCAGCAACCAGACAGAUGAGAUGGGUUGCUUCUUCACAAAUGUGAGCCUGUCUUCCUUCAGUCAAGACUUUCGGUACUAUCAGGACAGCAUAGUUGCAGAGGCCCUGCUGGUGGAGGAUGGCACAGACAUACAGGUCAAUGCUUCCCACAAAUUAUUCAUCUCCAAGAUUGGUGGGAUGGCCUUGUUUGAUGAUGUGAAUUCUUACUACCACCCUGGAGAGAUGUACAGAGGGAAGAUUAAAGUCAUUGACCUCCAAGGCAAGGCACUGAAGCACAAAGAAGUCAUCCUCACAUUAAGCUGCGGUGAGCAGCAGUUUAAGCAGAAGUACAUCACUGGGGACUCUGGGACAGCUUCAUUUAGCCUGAACACGACUGCUUGGAACAGCACCUUGGCCUUGCUGGAAGCAAGUGUCCUGCAUCAAGAUUUGGAUAAAGAGGCUGGGACAGUUGAUUUGAGUUACCAGCAAGCCUCUCAUCUCAUACGUCCAUUCUACAGCACCAGCAGGAGUUUUCUCUCUAUUGUCCGCGUACCAGGAACGAUGCCCUGUGGUGAAGAGCAGGCUGUCCAGGUGGACUUCAGAGUUUACAAGGAGGACCUGGAACAUGGGCCCAAGCGUGUCAUUUUCUCCUACUUUGUCACAGGGAAAAGAGGGAUAGUCCAUGCAGGUCAGAAGACUGUUUGGGUUGGGCUGCCAAGAAUGAUGGAAGGCUUCUUCUCCAUCCCUCUUACCUUCAGCUCGAUCUAUGCCCCUACUCCAAGACUCGUUGUUUAUGUUAUCUUCCCUAAUGGAAAAAUCAUUGCCGACUCUGCUGUCUUCAGCGUCUCCACGUGCUUCAGAAAUAAGGUGGAGCUGGGCUUCUCAACGCCCAAGACCCUUCCUGAUUCAGAGGUUGGUCUCCACCUGCUGGCACCUCCUGGGUCCACGUGUGCUGUCUGGACUGUGGAUCAGACCGACCUUUUGCUCAAGCCAGGAGAAGAGCUUAGUGGCUCCUUGAUCUAUGGGCUCUUCCCAUCUCUUUAUAACUCCAGGUAUCCUCACCAAGUGUCUGAAGAUGAUCACUCAUGCGGGUUCCCAAAUUCUGAUGAGCCUGAUGUGUUUACAGCAUUCCGGGAAAUGGGGUUGAAAAUUAUGUCCAACACUAAUAUCAGGAAACCCACAGUGUGUCCAACCACUCCAUCGACAACUAUGCUGCAGGAAACAGCAGUGUUUACUUCCAGGCCCACGUUGAUGUUUGCCCAGCCCCAUAAAGCAUAUAACACAGAGCAUCUCACACCUACCUAUCAGCCCACCAUGUUUUCAUCUCUUUCUUCAGCUGAAGAGAAAGUACACAAGCAUCUCCCCCAAACCUGGAUAUGGGAUUUGUAUUCUGUGGGUCCCAGCGGGAACAAGAGUGUCACUGUCACUGUGCCUAACACCAUCACAAAAUGGAAAGCAGAGAUGUUCUGCACAGGACGUAAUGGCUUUGGACUUGCUCCAGCCUCCAGUCUGCUUGUUUUCAAGCCCUUUCUUGUGGAGCUCACCCUGCCAUCUUCUGUGGUCCAGGGUGAGACCUUCACCUUGAAGGCCACAGUCUUCAACUACCUGCAGCGAUGCAUGAAGAUCCGUGUGACCCUGGAGGAGAUUGCACACUUCCAGCUGAAGCCGUGUGAAGGCUGUGUCUACACCAGCUGCUUAUGUGCCAGGGAAGCUAAGACCUUUCAGUGGAUUGUCACAGCUGAGCAGCUGGGGCUCACAAACAUCACCCUCAGCACAGAGGCUGUGGCCACCGAAGAGCUGUGUGGCAAAGAGACAGUAUUCGUUCCAGACCAAGGACAGAAAGACAUGAUCACCAAACCCCUUCUAGUGCGGCCAGAGGGAGUGUUGGUAGAAAAGGCUCACAGCUCCAUCCUGUGUCCCAAAAAAGGGAAUCCAGCACAGGAGUCUGUAUCUCUCAUGUUGCCUCCAAACGUGGUUGAAGGUUCAGUCAGAGCCUCCGUCUCGGUCACCGGUAAGGAAUUCAGCUAUGAUAACACCUUUCCAAAUGCCACAGAUGAGAUGGGUUGCUUCUUCACAAAUGUGAGCCUGUCUUCCUUCAGUCAAGACUUUCGGUACUAUCAGGACAGCAUAGUUGCAGAGGCCCUGCUGGUGGAGGAUGGCACAGACAUACAGGUCAAUGCUUCCCACAAAUUAUUCAUCUCCAAGAUUGGUGGGAUGGCCUUGUUUGAUGAUGUGAAUUCUUACUACCACCCUGGAGAGAUGUACAGAGGGAAGAUUAAAGUCAUUGACCUCCAAGGCAAGGCACUGAAGCACAAAGAAGUCAUCCUCACAUUAAGCUGCGGUGAGCAGCAGUUUAAGCAGAAGUACAUCACUGGGGACUCUGGGACAGCUUCAUUUAGCCUGAACACGACUGCUUGGAACAGCACCUUGGCCUUGCUGGAAGCAAGUGUCCUGCAUCAAGAUUUGGAUAAAGAGGCUGGGACAGUUGAUUUGAGUUACCAGCAAGCCUCUCAUCUCAUACGUCCAUUCUACAGCACCAGCAGGAGUUUUCUCUCUAUUGUCCGCGUACCAGGAACGAUGCCCUGUGGUGAAGAGCAGGCUGUCCAGGUGGACUUCAGAGUUUACAAGGAGGACCUGGAACAUGGGCCCAAGCGUGUCAUUUUCUCCUACUUUGUCACAGGGAAAAGAGGGAUAGUCCAUGCAGGUCAGAAGACUGUUUGGGUUGGGCUGCCAAGAAUGAUGGAAGGCUUCUUCUCCAUCCCUCUUACCUUCAGCUCGAUCUAUGCCCCUGCUCCAAGACUCGUUGUUUAUGUUAUCUUCCCUAAUGGAAAAAUCAUUGCCGACUCUGCUGUCUUCAGCGUCUCCACGUGCUUCAGAAAUAAGGUGGAGCUGGGCUUCUCAACGCCCAAGACCCUUCCUGAUUCAGAGGUUGGUCUCCACCUGCUGGCACCUCCUGGGUCCACGUGUGCUGUCUGGACUGUGGAUCAGACCGACCUUUUGCUCAAGCCAGGAGAAGAGCUUAGUGGCUCCUUGAUCUAUGGGCUCUUCCCAUCUCUUUAUAACUCCAGGUAUCCUCACCAAGUGUCUGAAGAUGAUCACUCAUGCGGGUUCCCAAAUUCUGAUGAGCCUGAUGUGUUUACAGCAUUCCGGGAAAUGGGGUUGAAAAUUAUGUCCAACACUAAUAUCAGGAAACCCACAGUGUGUCCAACCACUCCAUCGACAACUAUGCUGCAGGAAACAGCAGUGUUUACUUCCAGGCCCACGUUGAUGUUUGCCCAGCCCCAUAAAGCAUAUAACACAGAGCAUCUCACACCUACCUAUCAGCCCACCAUGUUUUCAUCUCUUUCUUCAGCUGAAGAGAAAGUACACAAGCAUCUCCCCCAAACCUGGAUAUGGGAUUUGUAUUCUGUGGGUCCCAGCGGGAACAAGAGUGUCACUGUCACUGUGCCUAACACCAUCACAAAAUGGAAAGCAGAGAUGUUCUGCACAGGACGUAAUGGCUUUGGACUUGCUCCAGCCUCCAGUCUGCUUGUUUUCAAGCCCUUUCUUGUGGAGCUCACCCUGCCAUCUUCUGUGGUCCAGGGUGAGACCUUCACCUUGAAGGCCACAGUCUUCAACUACCUGCAGCGAUGCAUGAAGAUCCGUGUGACCCUGGAGGAGAUUGCACACUUCCAGCUGAAGCCGUGUGAAGGCUGUGUCUACACCAGCUGCUUAUGUGCCAGGGAAGCUAAGACCUUUCAGUGGAUUGUCACAGCUGAGCAGCUGGGGCUCACAAACAUCACCCUCAGCACAGAGGCUGUGGCCACUGAAGAGCUGUGUGGCAAAGAGACAGUAUUCGUUCCAGACCAAGGACAGAAAGACACGAUCACCAAACCCCUUCUAGUCCGGCCAGAGGGAGUGUUGGUAGAAAAGGCUCACAGCUCCAUCCUGUGUCCCAAAAAAGGGAAUCCAGCACAGGAGUCUGUAUCUCUCAUGUUGCCUCCAAACGUGGUUGAAGGUUCAGUCAGAGCCUCCGUCUCGGUCACCGGUGACCUCAUGGGGACGGCGCUGCAGAACCUGGACCACCUGGUGCAGAUGCCCCACGGCUGUGGGGAGCAGAACAUGGUGCUGUUUGCCCCCAUUGUCUAUGUGCUGCAGUACCUGGAGAAGACGAGGCAGCUGACCCCCGAAAUCAAGGAGAGGGCAUCAGGAUUCCUGCGCAAGGGGUAUCAGAUACAGCUGCAGUAUCAACACCCUGAUGGUUCCUACAGUGAAUUUGGUACCAAGGAUGAAUACGGUAAUACUUGGCUGACUGCAUUUGUGGUUAAAUGCUUUGUCCAAGCCAAGCCAUACAUUUUCCUGGACAACAGGACGAUCCAAGCUGCUCUCACCUGGCUGGAGUUCCACCAGCUUCCCAACGGUUGCUUCAGAAACGUGGGCCAACUUUUCCACACAGCCAUGAAGGGAGGUGUGGAUGGGGAAGUCCCCUUGGCUGCCUACAUCACUGCUGCAUACUUGGAGGCAGGAGAGACACCAGAGAGCACAGUGGUGCGCAAGGCUCUGGGCUGCAUCGCUCCUUCCCUUCCCAAAGCUACCAGCACUUACACCCAGGCCCUGCUGGCCUACACCUUUGCCCUGGCUAAGGACUCUCAACGUGCACAAGAGCUCCUUGAUACGCUUGAUGGAAAGGCGAUCAGAACAGGUGGGCAGAUCUACUGGAGUGAGACCCCAGCAAAGCCCAGACCCAGAACCAGCCCUUGGUCAGAGCCACGGUCUGUAGAUGUGGAGAUGACAGCCUACGUCCUCCUGGCCCUGCUCUCCAAGCCAAAUAGCACAGCAUCUGAUCUCACGACGGCAUCUGGCAUCGUGGCUUGGCUCACCAGGCAGCAGAAUGCCUAUGGAGGGUUUGCCUCGACACAGGACACAGUAGUUGCUUUGCAGGCCUUGGCUAAGUAUGCAGCCCUGACGCACAGCACAAAAGGGGUUGCAGAAGUGAGGGUGAGGUCCCAGAGAGGCUUUGGGAGGAAGUUCCAAGUCUCCUACCAGAACCGGCUGUUGGUGCAGGAGGCGGCACUGACAGAAGUCCCAGGAAAGUUCUUGUUGCAGGCCCAUGGCAGCUGUUGUGUAUUUACCCAGGACACAGUAGUUGCUUUGCAGGCCUUGGCUAAGUAUGCAGCCCUGACGCACAGCACAAAAGGGGUUGCAGAAGUGAGGGUGAGGUCCCAGAGAGGCUUUGGGAGGAAGUUCCAAGUCUCCUACCAGAACCGGCUGUUGGUGCAGGAGGCGGCACUGACAGAAGUCCCGGGAAAGUUCUUGUUGCAGGCCCAUGGCAGCUGUUGUGUAUUUACCCAGAUGGUGCUGAGGUACAACACGCCCUCCCCAGAGGUCUCCACAUCCUUUGCAGUGCAAGUGGAGACUGAGCCAGUCAAUUGCACGAAGGAUGACGUACACUCUGUUACUGUCUAUGUCAAUGUCAGGUACACUGGGAAGAGAUCCAUUUCCCACAUGGUGAUCGUGGAGCUGCAGCAUUGGCACCCUGUGAGAAGAACUGAGAAAACACAAGGAGGUGUUGCCCUCUACUUGGACAAGCUGAGCCAUAAGUCUGAGACCUGUGUUCUGCACCUGGAGCGGGAGGUUGGGGUGACCAACCUGAAGCCAGGCCAUGUCAAGGUCUAUGACUACUACCACCCAGAGGAGCAGGCCCUGGCUGAUUACAAUGUCUUCUGCAUCUGA